AUGUUUAAGAAAGAGGACCCAGCAAAGCAGAUUUUUAACCGCUGGACCAUCAAGCCUCUUGGAGAAGAAAGACCUGACCUGCCGGACAAAAUGAGAACAACUAUUUGUAUUCUGUUUGCCUGCAUGCUGUUUGUGUAUGUUGAAGGCAUUGCCAUAGUUCCCAAGGGACGUUGCCUGUGCAAGGAUGGUGAUGUGAACUUCAUUCCACACAGAAACAUACAGAAGAUUGAGAUCUUUUCUCCUAGCCCAGCCUGUAAACAAGUGGAGAUCAUUGUCACACUGAAGGAUGGAGGGCAAAGGUGUUUGAAUUCUGAGUCCAAAUUUGGCAAGACCUGUAUCAAGAAGGCAGAAAAUAAUAAAAGAAAGAGAGAGCAGAAGACACGGAGUCAUCAGCAAAAAUCUCCCGUGAUCUCCAAGAAAUAAUUAAUUUGAGUAACAUUUCAUCUGACUGGUGAAAG